AAUGAGCAACCUUCUGUAGUUCCGGUACAAGGACGUGUUAGGUGAAGCUGUUGUCGUCUGCAGGAGGACGUAUUUUUCCUCACGAAAUCAACUCUAGAACAGUCUCAAAAUGUCUGCGGACGCUGGAUACCAUAGACCUGAUCAAAGUAAGAUACAACAGCUCAAUGACAUUGCGAAUAAGCUGCGAAUUCACAGCAUCGAGUCGACCAACGCAUCGAAAUCAGGACAUCCCACAUCAUGCUCAUCAAUGGCUGAAAUAAUGUCCGUGCUGUUUUUUCACACAAUGCGUUAUAAAGUUAGUGAUCCACGUGAUGCAUCAAGUGAUCGCUUUGUGUUGUCGAAGGGCCAUUCAGCGCCAAUUCUUUAUGCUGCGUGGGCUGAAGCCGGACUUUUUCCAGCAAGUGAUUUGUUGAAGUUGAGGAAGAUUGAUUGCGAUUUGGAAGGCCAUCCCACUCCGAGAUUGAGUUUCGUUGAUGUGGCAACUGGCUCACUUGGUCAAGGUCUUAGCUGUGCAGCUGGUAUGGCCUAUGUUGGAAAAAACUAUGACAAAGCAAGUUAUCGUGUCUACACUCUAAUGGGUGAUGGUGAAUCAAUGGAGGGCAGCGUUUGGGAGGCUGCAGCAUUUGCCAGUUAUUAUAAAUUAGAUAAUCUUGUGGCUAUCAUUGAUGUCAACCGCUUGGGUCAAAGUCAACCAACCAGUCUGCAGCAUCAGAUGGAAGUUUACAAAGCAAGAAUGGAAGCCUUUGGCUGGAAUGCCAUAGUGCUUGAUGGCCAUGAUGUUGAAGCUCUUUGUCGUGCAUUUUAUGAUGCAAGUGUGGUGAAGGGAAAGCCGACAUGCAUUGUUGCCAAGACAUACAAAGGCAAAGGCAUCAACGGAAUCGAAAAUUUGGAGAACUGGCAUGGUAAAGCACUGGGAGACAAAGCUGCCAAGGCAAUCGAAGAAAUCAAGGCUCAUAUUAAAAAUCAAGGUCCUCACGGCUUGAGUCCUCAGCCUGUCAUUGAUGAUGCACCGGAUGUUAGUUUGAAAGCCAAAUUGAUCGAACCGCCAAAUUAUGAACUUGGACAGAAGAUAGCAACUCGUGAAACCUAUGGAAAUGCUCUUGUAAAGCUCUACAAGACAUGCCCGCGUGUUAUCGCUCUUGACGGCGACACAAAAAACUCCACGCACUCGCUCAAGUUGAUGAAAGCGAACAACGACAAUUACAUCGAAUGUUUCAUCGCCGAACAGAAUCUUAUCGGUGUUGCUGUCGGUUGUGGUACUCGACAUCGUACCAUUCCGUUUGCCAGUACUUUUGCCUGCUUCCUCACGCGUGGUUUCGAUCAAAUAAGAAUGGCCGCCAUCUCUCAAGCGAACGUGAAAUUUUGCGGUUCUCAUUGUGGAGUUUCCAUUGGUGAAGACGGUCCAUCUCAAAUGGCUCUUGAAGAUCUUUCAAUGUUCCGAUCAGUUUACGGCUCUUACGUAUUUUAUCCAUCCGAUGCUGUGUCCAUGGAAAGAGCUGUUGAACUAUCUGCUAACACCGAAGGCAUCUGCUUCAUCAGAUCCAGUCGACCCGCGACACCUGUCAUUUAUAAAAACGACGAAGUUUUUGAAAUUGGAAAGUCUAAGGUUGUGAAGAAAAGUGAUAACGACAAGGUGCUCAUUAUCGGAGCUGCUAUCACUCUUGUGCACGCUAUGGAAGCUGCCGAGGAGCUUGCCAAAAGUGGUAUCAAUGCCCGCGUUCUCGAUCCUUUCACCAUCAAACCUUUGGACAACGAGGGUAUCAUUGCUAACGCUAAAGCUGCUGGUGGUAAAAUAAUUACUGUUGAAGAUCAUUAUCCUGAAGGUGGUAUAGGCGAUGCUGUUUGUUCUGCCGUCUCAGCGGACUCUUCAAUUGUCGUUCAUAAGCUUGCCGUUAACGGUUUGCCACGUUCCGGGCCAUCUGCUGCCCUUUUAGAUAUGUUUGGCAUCAGUAGCAAGCACAUCGUUGCUCUGGCAAAGAAAAUUUUGGCUUGAAUUAAACGCUUGGACUUAAACAUUUUUUGUCUACACUGUUUUUUUUGUCAUAUAACAAGUCUUUGCUUCACAUGAAUACACCUAAAUGUAACUUAGUUCAGCAUCUUGCGAAUGGGAAUUAUCGCGUAAAAGGAAAAUAGUCGAUAGAUGUAGUAAAAUGAUAUGUAUUGAGCAGA